AGCUACGCAGUGGUCACUAUGCCAAACGAGGGACUUGCUCUCAGGAAUUGCUUGGUUGUUUACCCUUCGGACUUUGCGAAUAAUGCGCAGGUUGUCGUACGCAGGGUAGAUCGUGACUCUGUCCAAAGGGAAUACCCCAUGACAAUAUGCCAUGACAAUUCCGGGACAAUCAGACCGGGCACAGUCGCCAUCGGACUUACGCAGCGCCAAUGGAUAGGCGUAUCUCUGUCAGGCGACGAAGUCACCAUCGACACGAUCCAGGCACCCCCCUUUCUCCAAUCCAUCGAUAUUCGAGUUGGCUUUCUACGAAAGGGCGUUGAAAACCAAAACCAAGAGCCGCACUCUGCAGAUGACAUUUCACGCAACUUCAUCAAGACCUUCAAUGGUGUCGUCUUCGCGCCGGGCGAGAUCAUCACCUUCGACUUCAAGGGAGAGAAGCUCAAGGUGAUUGUUGCCUCUAUGAGCGUGGUGGACCUCCCAGAUCAGCAGAACAGCGCACGUUUCGGAAAACAGCCACAUUUGGAGAUGGGUGUCGUGAUGGACAGAACCGACGUCACUAUCAUGAAGGCCAGUGAUAGUAUGAUCAAGAUUAAAUCAAGCGCGAAGAAGGCUGCGUCGAAUGUUAUCAUCGCACCUAACUUCAAGUUUGAAGAGAUGGGUAUUGGUGGUCUUGACGAGGAGUUCGGCGCUAUCUUCCGUCGCGCGUUUGCAUCACGCGUAUUUCCUCCAGCACUUGUCGAGAAGCUCGGAAUUCAACAUGUGAAGGGUAUCCUUCUCCAUGGUCCACCGGGAACCGGUAAAACCCUCAUAGCUCGUCAAAUUGGCCAAAUGCUGAAUGCUCAGGAGCCCAAAAUUGUUAAUGGUUCUGAAAUUCUGAACAAGUACGUUGGUGCAUCAGAAGAGAAUGUCCGCAAGCUUUCUGCGGAUGCUGAGAAAGAGUACAAGGAAAAGGGAGACGAGAGUGGUCUUCACAUUAUCAUUUUCGACGAACUAGAUGCUAUCUUCAAACAGCGUGGUUCUACGAACAGUGGAACAGGUGUCGGUGACAGUCACGUGGUCAACCAGCUUUUGUCGAAGGUAAUACACUACAUUCCCUUCCUAGCUCGAUUGCUUACUCCUCUCAGAUUUGACCAACUGAACAACACACCCGCCUUCGGCAUGACAAACCGUAUCGAUAUGAUUGACGAGGCUUUGCUGCGCCCUGGGCGUCUUGAAGUACAUAAAGAAAUCUCCCUGCCAGAUGAGCACGGACGGUUCCAGAUCCUGCGCAUCCACACGACUAAGAUGCGGACGAACAAUGUGAUGGACACGGAUGUUGACCUGGCCGAACUCGCUACCUUGAUGAAGAAUUAUUCAGGUGCGGAGAUUGAGGGCUUCGUGAAGAGUGCCACCAGUUUUGCCUUCAAUCGCCAUGUCAAGAUCGGCACCAUGGCAGGCAUUUGGGAGGACGUCGACAAGCUUAGAGUCAAUCGUGGUGAUUUCUUUAAGGCACUUGAGGAAAUCAAGCCAGUAUAUGGAGUGUCAGAAGAAGAGCUGACGGAUGUUAUUGCGAAUGGGAUCAUUCAUCAUGACCCAAUUGUUGAGGAAAUCCUCGAUAAGGGCAAGCUAUUCGUUAACCAGGUCGCCAGGUCGACACGGACACCGCGUGUCAGUAUACUACUCCACGGACCCCCUUCGUCAGGAAAAACUGUGCUGGCUGCAUCCAUUGCUUGGGCGUCCAAAUUUCCGUUCAUCAAACUCAUUUCACCUGAUCGCAUGGUUGGAUUCUCGGAAGCCCAGAAAAUACAGUUCAUUACCAGAACAUUUACCGAUAGUUAUAAGAGUCCACUGAGUGUCAUUGUGGUUGACAACCUGGAGCGAUUACUAGACUGGACGUCACUUGGCAGCAGGUUCUCAAAUCCUGUUCUGCAGACCCUUCUUAUCCUUAUGGCUCGUAAACCACCCAAGGAAAAACGUCUACUCGUGAUAGCAACAACCUCCCUGCGCCCCCUUCUGACAGAGCUUGGCCUGUCCGAUAUUUUCGAUUCUGAGUUGCGCGUACCUCCAAUUUCCAACCUUUCGUCACUCGAACGAGUCGUACGCGAAGUGCAGCUUUUCUCUUCGGAAAACGAGCUCCGGCAAGCAAUGCGCAUGCUUUCAGAUGCAGGGUUUGCUGCUGACCUCAACGCGGAGGAGGAAGUGGCCUUGCAUUUGCAAGUUGGCAUCAAGAAGCUUUUGAGUAUCAUCGAGAUGGCGAGGCAGGAACCUGAGAGGGCUGGAGAGAGACUUGUGAGCGCGAUUGUCGACCUGAAUUCGUAGAUUUUGGGUGGCAUAUCUGUUGGAUCGAUAUCAUUUGUAGAGUACUUACAAUCUGGACAUCUUGUGCAUC